AUGACGGAGACGAACCCGACCAGCGAUCAAAUACUAGAAGCGAAAGAGGAUGUUCGGAAUGAGCAACAAGAGCUCAUGGAUGAGCUCACGGAGCAUGAUCAUAUCACUAGAUUCUUUAAGAACAAGUGCUUCGCGUUUGCGGAUGAAGCCGAGCAAACCGCCGCGAUUUCCUCUCUAAUCAACUGUGAGGAUAAAUUCGUCGAAGCCUACAUGGUGACAGUGGGAAAAGUGUAUCAGGAGAGCCGGAAACGUGUUUUUGCACAUUAUAAAAAUAUUCGAAAUAUGUACCUGUUUCUGACCGCUGAAGAAUCUCUAAUGGACACUGACGGUCAUCGAAUCAACAAUUUGGUGGCUUUUAUAGGAAAUAUGUACAAUUGCUUAUUAAAGCUCAGAAGUGAUGCUCUGACACUCUGCGAAGCGAUUCGCCAGAUAAAAACCAGCCACUUCUUCCCACUGCACAAAUCGGCCAGUUUUCAGCGUGUUUGGAAGCAUAUCGCUGAAAUUAUGUAUCAAUUCGCUGCUGUUGAUCAUCUUGCAGCUCUUUAUCCGGAUUUGGGAAUUAAAUUUUGCGAUUUUCAGAAACGAAUCAAGAAGCAUUUCGAGUUGGAUUUUACGCCGGCUCAACGCAAGGCUUAUGACGAGGGAGCCAGGGCUCAGGAGGAUGCUCAAUCUAUGAUUUUGAAGGGAAAUUGUUUUAGGACCCUAUACGAAUCAUCUGGCGGUGAUAUGGAUAAUAAUUUGAAUUUCGCCAACGAGAUGAAGGAGGCUAUCGGGGAUUUGUUGACCAGUUGGGAGAAGACUUCUGCUCAAGGCACGACGGAUGGCCGAUUCUUCUGUGGAAUAUCCGCUCUAACCGUCUACUAUUACCAUCAUUUUUCCAAUUUCGUCGAUACUUCACUUAUUCGAAAAGUCGUGCAAGCUUCGAAAAAAGUCCCGUAUUACCGAAUGCUCGGCGAAGAGCUCUUCGUUCCAAUGGAAUUUCUGAGGCGCGAGAUCUCGAAUAAGAACAUUUUCGACUCGAAAACUGAGAUUUUCGCGAAGAAGCUCGUGCAAGAAGCUUCGUCAAUUUCCAAGGAUCGAGCUGAUGAGAUGCUCAAGGAAGUUAAGGAAUAUUGUGAGCACGCGAGCACUUGGAUGCUCGAAUUUCAGCAGAAAAAGAGAGAUCAGACGGAAGCGAUUACGAAGCUGCCACAAUGGGGAUUGGAUGUUUCUGAGCUCUUUUUAAAGUGCAUCCGAAUUCUGGAAACAAUCACCCGUGACCUAUACCUUCUAAUUCGUUCAAAACGCGGCGAAGAUCAUUUCAACCGCAUCGAAAUCGAUCGGAACAGUGCCUACGCAAUUCUCCGAGCUAUUGAAACUGUCAAACGGCUGGAGCUCUUUGUGCUCGACAAUUGGAGCACAAUUGAAGAGGGCUCUUUUCUGGCGAGACAGCAAUGGCGGAAACAUAUGCUCCGAAUUCUCAGUGAGGCCAGGAAGUCGUAUGUGAGCUCGAAGAGCAAGAAUAUCUCGGUUAUUGAGGCGGCGACGAAACGCAGUUUUUAUCAUAUUGCUGAAGCUCAAUGUAUUAAUGAAAUGAUCCCAUCGAGAAAUGUGGUGCUCGGUUUGGCGUAUGAAAUCGGACGGCUUGAGACACAUAUUUCGAGCCCAAAUCGGAAACAAGUACAAGAUUUGAUGAAUCGAUUGGAGACAUUCAAUUCGCCACGUCAACUUUUGCAAAAAGCCGCAUUCACAGGACUCUUGCUCAGUCAUAGUUGGCUCCCGCACAUGUAUUUCGACGCGUUGACCUACAGAAAACCCGAUGUUGAGAGUAUUGAGGGCUUCACAAGUGCUCUCGGUGGAUUUAUGGAAGGCGCCAAAAUCACGGGACAAUCGAUGCAAAUACUCACGAAAUUAAAGGAGACUAUCAUGAAUACUCUGAUCGUAAAAAUGGGCGCUCAAAUCGAUUUGGACCUCCGAAUUCAGGCGAACACACAUCUUGCGGUAGGAAAAACUGAACAAGACGGUGCGCCGGACGAGGAAAUGGAAUACUUUGGAUAUUUGAUAAAAACUGUGCAGAAAUUCCAGGUGGCUACUACAGUGGUUCCGAUUGCAGAAAGCCUCCGAAGCUGGCUCGAAGAGCACUGGUACUCUCUGGAAAUCCUUGCACCGAACAACGCGAAGGUCUACACCCGUAUGCAACAGAUUGCAAAACGGAAGUAUGGCCUCGUGCUUCUGGAUCCGGAUCUUCCACAAUCGGAUAUCGAUGAGACCGUCGCAAUUAUGGAUCUUUUGCAGAAUUUCACACAUUUCGUGACAAAUUACUGCUAUUUCAGUCAAGGAUACCUAUUUAUUGAAAAAGCUUCUGAUUCCAAGAAGCUUCAUGUAAUCCGGCUUGAAGAUUUCAAAACUGCUCUCCGAAAGCAUGGAGUUGGCAUUUUGCCAACAGCGAUCAACGCGGCCUACCAGUUUAUUCGCAAUAAAAUUCAGACAUUUUUAAGCUUCUUGUCUGAAGAAACCGUACGUUGUCAGGUGCUCAAAUACCUUCACGAGAUGGAAGCCAACAAAUCAUCACCGGAUGGAAAGAAGAAGUCGCAGUAUAAAGCGUCGUGGGCGGCAAAUGUGCUCAAAAAUCUCGCCAGACACCAGAUGGUGGGAGCUCAAGGAGCUCACGUGGGUGGUGGGAGCACAAAUGGCGGCUCGGCGACGGCUUCGGCGGCGGCGGCGAAUGAGAUGCUCUAUACGUAUUUUGACAAAUUUCGGUUGAUUAUCACGCAGAUCGGCAACGCGAUCUCCCUAGUCCGAAUGUUGUGCCAAGCGGCCCGCGAGAACGGCCUAACCCGUCAGGAUCUAUUCCCCCAAGUGAAAAAAUACAUGGACGACCUGGAAUCCAAUACCCGAUCACUGAUCUUCACGAAUCGCCCCGACUGCCCAAUUAACUCUACAAAAAUGCACGCGGCGUAUCGGCUCGGUUUGGUUAAAGAAAUGUUCGAACGAGUCGCCGAGCAUCGGAAUUACACUAAAAUGAUGUGUGUCGAAUUUAAAAGUCUUUUGAUGAGAUCGAAACUUCCUGAGGAUCGAGUUCAAGUAUUGGACUACUUCCAUGGAAUUAUUCCAGCACUUACCUUAUCUCAUAUUAAUUAUAUGAUGGCUCAUGAGAAUCGAGUGAAGAAAACGUAUGCUCUGAAGCAUAAUAAGGAUCUUGUCGUUACUGAUGAUGGUUUUGCGGCUGGUGUCGCGUUUUUGUUGCAUAUUUUUGAUGGAUGGGAUUCGUUUUUCAAGUUGAACUGGUUUGAUAGCUAUGCUAUCACAAAAGAGCACGAAAUUCGUUCACAAUCGGAAAGCCGCGAGUACAGUCAGGCAGUACAGUUGAAAAUCGAACGACUUCAGACGGAGCUCAAAAUUCUCACAAAUUUCAAAAUGAAUUUCGGCAUUCAGCACACCAUUUUCACGAUGAAUUAG